AUGCGUUUCUCCGUCGCUGUCAUCCUUUCUGCCCUCGCGGCCGCUGUUGCUGCGCAGAGCAAUGACAACCCGUUCAAGUACCCUACCGGUGGCUGGGGCUUCAAAGCUGGCUCUUCUACUGAGAUUGACUGGGACCCCACUACUUCUGGCACUGUUACUAUCCUCCUCCGUGAAGGCGCCAAUUCUAACCUGAGCCCUGGCACUGCUAUUGCUAAGAGCAUUCCCAAUAAUGGCAAGUUCACCUGGGCCGUCCCCGCGGAUACUGUCCGUGGCGCCAACUACGCUCUCGAGAUCGUCGACGACCAGGACUCGAGCAAGACCAACUACUCUCCUCAAUUUGUCAUUGAUUCCACUGUCAUCGCUUCUUCUUCUUCUUCCUCGAGCGCGUCUGCUUCGUCCACUUCGGCUUCCGCUAGCUCUUCAUCGGCGUCCGCCGCUUCUUCUUCUUCGUCUGCCUCUUCUUCGGCCUCCUCGUCGUCUGCUAGCUCAUCAAGCACUUCGUCUGCUUCUUCGUCCAAGUCCUCCCACGCUAGCUCUACCUUGAGCAGCGCCACCAAGUCCAGCGCCACCGCUGCUCAGACUUCUUCUCACACUGCCGCUCCUACCAACGGUGCUAUUGCUCGCCAGGCUUCUAUUGCCGCCCCCGUGGCUGCUGUCCUGCUCGCUGCCGUUGCUUUGUAA